UGUUUGUUGGACCCAUCCACCUCCCUUCCCGUCCGCCAUAAGCGGUCUUUCUCACUUUUUAGUCUACGUCACGAGCUGAUGCAUUUAUAUUGUAGUCAGGACAUACUACAUGGCGUACAAAUGACACACCAAAAGCAAGAAUAGCGUUCUUAUUACACGCGUUUGUCUAUACACAUUAUAGUGUCAUUAGUACGCUUUUUUCGUGCAACCGGGCUGAGUGCAAACAAACACACAUCCCAGUUUAUAGAGGUACUCCUUAUCAACAUACACAUAACCAACUAACACAGUUUCUCUUCAUUUCCUUUCUUUUGUACAGCUAUAUCUCUCUUCCACAGCUGUGAAAUGUGUGGUGUCUGGGCUUUGUUUGGUAGUGACGACGAGUGCGUGUCAGUUCACUGCACCAGUGCCAUGAAGAUCGCUCACAGGGGCCCCGACGCUUUCCGCUUUGAGAACGUCAACGGCUUCCCAAACUGCUUUUUUGGCUUCCACUGGCUGGCGAUAGUCGACCAGCUGCACGGCAUGCAACCCUUAUGCAUCAAGAAGUUUCCUUUUUUGUGGCUCUGCUACAAUGGAGAGAUUUACAACCAUCAUCUACUGAGGAAGCAGUUUGACUUUGAUCACCAGACUCAAAUGGACGGUGAGAUUUUGCUCCAUCUGUAUGACCGCUUUGGCAUCCAGAAGAUGGCGUCUCUCCUGGAUGGCGCCUUUGCUUUUAUUCUGCUGGACACUGCCAACAGCAAAGUCUUUCUGGGAAGAGAUACAUAUGGUGUUCGGCCUUUGUUCAAACUCCUCACAGACGAUGGACUCCUUGCAGUCUGCUCAGAAGCCAAAGGCAUCAUGGACAUCGGUCACUCCAAAACCCAUCCCAAAGCCAACAUCGUUCACUUUCUCCCUGGGCACUUUGAGGUCUUUGAUUUGAAGCAGAACGGCAAAGUUCAGUCAAUUCAAAUGGAGCCGUUUCACUGCUGCACUAAAGAGCCUGCUCAUGCCAUCUAUGACACCGUGGACAGACUACCUGCAAGUUUUGACGAAGAAACGGUGAAAAGCAACAUCAGAACCCUGUUUGAGAACGCUGUUAGGAAACGUCUCAUGGCUCACAGGAGAAUUGGUUGUCUUCUGUCAGGUGGUCUGGACUCCAGUUUGGUUGCUGCUACACUGGUGAAGCUGGCCAAAGAGGAGAAGCUGCAGUAUCCUAUCCAGACAUUUUCAAUCGGGUCAGAGGACAGUCCAGACAUCACAGCUGCUCGCAAGGUAGCAGCACACAUUGGCAGUGAACAUCAUGAGGUGCACUUCACUGUUGAAGAAGGCAUCAAAGCAGUGGAGGAGGUCAUUUUCCACCUGGAGACCUACGACACGAGCAACAUACACGCCUCUGUUGGGAUGUACUUAGUUUCCAAAUACAUCAAGGAGAAGACGGACAGUGUGGUGAUCUACAGCGGAGACGGCUCAGAUGAGCUGACUCAGGGAUACAGUUAUUUCCACAUGGCUCCAACUCCCAAAGCAGCUGCAGAGGACAGCGUUCGACUGAUGAAGGAACUCUACCUGUUUGAUGUCCUCCGUGCUGAUCGAACCACUACUGCACACGGUCUGGAGCUCAGAGCGCCUUUCCUGGACCACAGAUUCACAGCAUACUACCUUUCUUUGCCUGAGGAGAUGAGGAUUCCUAAGGACGGAGUGGAGAAACACCUUCUGCGGGAGUCUUUCAGAGGUUUGAAUUUGAUCCCUGAUGAGAUUCUCUGGAGGGAGAAAGUACCCUUCGGUAAUGGUCUGAUGUCGCCGGAGAAGUUCUGGUACAACCACCUGCAGGAGUGCUUAGAACCAAUGGUGAAUGCUGACCAGAUGGCGAAGGCUCACAAGAGGUUCCCUCACAACCCGCCACGCACCAAAGAGGCCUAUUACUUCAGGCAGGUGUUUGAGAAGCACUACCCAGGCCGGGCCGAGUGGCUCCCCAAUUACUGGAUGCCACGCUGGAUCAGUGAUACUGAUGGGAAGGAAGGAAGGAACGGUCACAUCCUUAACACAAAGUCCUGAACUAUUCAUAUAUAACUCAACACCAGGAAAAGACGUAAACUAAACAAACCCUAAAAGAAUAUAGACACCUGGUCUAACCUUGUCCAAGGAUAUUCUGGUUGUCUGUGGACACCUGAACACUGCACCCUUAUGUCCGUCUUGUGGCUGCAGGGAUUUGCUCCCAUUCAGCCACAAGAGCAUUCAUGAGGUCCAGCGUUGUUGUCUAAAAAGGCACUGUAUGAUGUAGCAUUACGAUUCCACUUACUUGAAACCAGCUCAGAUCAUUUAAACAAAACACACAAGCCAAAAGUGCACAAACGUAUUACAUAUUUCAAACCUCCGCUCCAGUUGUUUCUGAUUUGUUUCUUGUUGGUUAUUGUAAAGCUCUUUGACGUUUCAUAUUUUAUUG